AUGGCGUCAAAAUACGUCUGUUAUGUUGCGUCAAAUGUGUGCUUGGUGUUAUGUUUCUUUGUGAUCCUUAGUAGUUCUGAACGUCUCAGCCCUUGGAACAAGACUGCCUUUAAUGAUAACGCUAUUUACUUCAUCUCACAAUCUGCAUCAAAACCUGAAAUUCAUGCAUUUUCCGUUCGAAAGGUGACCCAUGAACUUAAGGGUGCAAAACUAUCUCAAACCAUCCUCUUGACAUGUAAAAUUUUCCAACGUGCCUCACUGGCUAUGAUACUAAUUGCCCUCUCUGGAGAUAUAGAACUUAACCCCGGCUUCAAAUUUUUAAAUGACAUCAAGAAAAAUAGGGGCCUAAAGAUUGCUCACUUAAAUGUUCGCAGCUUACGAAACAAGAUCGACCAAAUCCGCCUUGAAGUGUUAAGCGUGAACUCAUUGGAUGUUCUUACCUUAUCAGAAACCUGGCUAGACUCAACAAUCUUAAACUCUGAGAUACAUCUACCCGGAUUUUCGUGCGCAAGACGCGAUAGACAUGGUCUUAAGUCUGGCGGCGGAACUAUUAUCUACCUGAGGGAUGGCCUGCAAUUUCGUGUUCGGGGCGAUCUUAACACUGCAGAUAAUGAAUGCACAUGGGUCGAAAUCAUUCGUAAGAAUUGCAAGCCUCUCCUGAUAUGCUGCAUUUAUAGACCUCCAGACCAAGACUGUGCACGAUUUAUCUCGGAACUUGAUGAUUGCUUGUCUAAGAUAGAUCUGGAUAAAUGUGAAUUGAUUUUAUUAGGUGAUUUCAACGUAGAUCAAUAUAAUGGCUGCAAACAGAAUAAGCAAAAACUUAUGAACUUUGCACGUUCCGUGGAUAUGUCUCAAAUUAUAACAGAGCCAACUAGAAUAACUAGCACCACUCGGUCAUUGAUUGAUUUGGUUUUCGUCAAUAAUCAACAUCGUAUUGUCGACUCCGGUGUAGUUUCGUUAUCCUUGAGUGAUCAUUCUUUAGUUUACUGUGUAAUAAAAUCAGGUGUGAAAAAGGCUCCCCCUAGAACAAUUGAAUACCGCUCGUACAAGUCCUUUAAUGCCAAUACUUUCAUUCAAGACUUGAAUAAUGUACCUUGGCACGUUGUCGAAAAUGAAAGCGACAUUGACAGUGCAGUACUGAUGUGGAAUAAAUUGUUCUGUGACAUCGCCGAUGCCCAUGCACCUGUCAAACGUCGUCGUGUAAAAGGCACACAAGUACCAUGGAUGAACAGUAAGAUUAGCGAAGCUAUGCAAGAUCGCGACUACCAUCAUCGCAAAGCCGUAAAGUCAAACAAAACCUAUCAUUGGAAUAUGUACAAAAAAUUGAGAAACUUUGUUAAUAAAGAAGUUAAAUCGGCCAAGUCCAAAUACUACUGCGAGCUAAUUGAACAAAGUAAAGGUGACUCCAGCAGGAUUUGGAAGGCGGUUAACGAAGUUUCGUCACGCGAUAACAAGAGCUCCACCCCGCAGUACAUUGUCACUGAUGGAGUAAAACACUCAGACCCCAAAUCUAUUGCCAUUGCCCUUAACACUUAUUUCGCCUCAGUCGGAAAAUCCUUAGCUGCAAAGUUUACAACUGUCUCACAAACAUUUACAGCAAGUCCCACUCCUGUCCCGGAAACAAUGUUUGAGCUCGAAGAAGUACAAGAAUCCUAUGUUCUUGCACAACUCCAGACUUUGAAGACCAACAAAGCUAUCGGUUUGGACAAAAUAAGUGCAAGACUGUUAAAAUGUGCGUCUUGUUCAAUCAGCAAGUCUGUGACAAGAUUACUUAAUCUUUCCAUCAAGAGCAACCAUUUCCCAAAGAUUUGGAAAUGUGCUAAGGUUACGGCCCUAUUUAAAUCAGGUGAACGUUCCAAUCCUACAAACUAUCGUCCUAUCUCGGUCUUGCCUACUCCAAGUAAGAUCUUAGAGAGAACCGUUCACUCGCAAUUGUAUAGCCACCUAAUUACUAACAACUUGCUCACAAGCAAGCAGUUUGGAUUUCGACAAAGGUACUCAACCAUCACUGCCCUGACCAACUUUGCGGAUGAAACUCUGAGUAACAUGGAAUGUGGAAGGCUUUGUGGAGCUGUAUUUCUAGAUUUGUCGAAGGCAUUCGAUACAGUGGACCACAGCAUCUUACUCCACAAACUUAAAGCGAUGGGUAUGUCACCUAGCACCGUAGGUUGGUUUGAGUCCUACCUGAGCAACCGGAUGCAACAAACAUCUUGUGGAAAUGAAUUGUCAGACUCUCUUCCUGUCACUUUUGGAGUACCCCAGGGGAGCAUUUUGGGCCCACUUCUCUUUCUCAUGUACAUAAACGAUCUGCCCAGUAUUACCAAUAAAUGCAAUGUUUCCUUGUAUGCCGACGACACAGUCUUGUAUUGCUACGCCUCAGAUGUCAAUGAUCUUGAAAAAAAUCUUAAUGAAGAUUUACUCAAGUUAGCGAUUUGGUUAAAUGAGAAUAAGCUGACACUGAAUUUAAAUAAAACUCGAUCAAUGAUUAUAGGCAGUGAUAGGAAGUUAUGUAAUAUAUCUUCGAUAUCUGUCUCUGUCAACAAUACUGAAGUCUCCAACGCCAGCAAUUUCAAGUACUUAGGAGUCACCAUCACAGCCAACUUCACCUGGUCAGAACAUAUAGAUCGCAUUUCCGCUAAAGUCAAUCAACGCCUAGGUCUACUUCGUAGGAUUAAACAUCUGCUACCAUUUAAUGCACGAAUCCUUUUUUAUAACAGUCUCGUACUCCCAAUCUUUGACUAUGCGGAUGUUAUAUGGGGAGACAAAAAUAAUACAGUGUUAAUGAACAAUCUUCAGAUACUCCAGAACAAAGCCGCCAAGAUUGUUUUAGAUAGACCAUAUUUUUCAUCGGCAACAGACGCGUUAAGCACUUUAGGCUGGACCACUCUAGAACAACGCAGAUUGUAUCAUAGAUGUUUAUUUGUUUUUAAGUGUCUAAAUAAUCAUACUUCACAUGGAUUUGAACUUCUAGCGAACAGAGAAAUACACAACUACAAUACGCGAUAUAAGGACAAUUUAAGGCCACCUAAAGUGUCAAGGAAUUGGGGAAAGCAAAGACUCGCUUAUCAGGCCAUAACAGACUGGAACAAUUUGGACAAAAAGAUAAAACUAUCUACUAGUAUUUCUACAUUUAAGAGAAACUUUUUUAGCAAUCUUUGAACCGUAUAAUUUUUAAAUAUUUUUCAUAGUUAUGUAGUAUAUGCAUGUCUUUCUUGUAUAAUAGUUUAUUUAGUUCAGGACCUUUCUGAAAAUCACUUUGUGAGAAAGCUUCCUGAAAUUAAAUAUUAAUUAAAAAAAAAAAAAAGGGUCAUGAAUCGAAAAAUGUUGCUAUUGCUAGGUACAACCGAAACACUACCCUUUCAGGUAGGUGGUUGCAGAUUUCCCGUUAUGAGUUUGUUCAGUUGGUCUGGUUGAGAGAGAGGGGCUAUUAUUUGGCUGUUGAGAGAGAGGGGCUAUUAUUGCAUACAUGCAAACAUACAUUCCAUCAACAUCAAGAGUUACAUUAGGUGAAUCCUGUCACUAUGGAUUUCAUAAGAGUUCCCAAGAGAAGUGUUACUAUUGCUCACACAAGUACAGAAAAGGUAUUGAACACAGUGUUCCUGCUGGUAAACUGCUCGAGGACAAGAAACUCGUUGGUAUAUCACAGAGGUGA